GCGUCCCGGUGUUUCUUGUGUGUAAACAAAAGUCUCCCUGUCAUUUUUCACUUCUCACCGUCUUUUAAUAUUUAUGAUGUAAAAUCGACAUAUAUUUGGCAAACAGAGGUCCAUUUUCAAAUCAAACCAAUUUCUUAAAAGUUAAAAUGGGUCUGCUGACUGAUCCUGGCGCAGGGCGAGGCAAAUUCUCGCAAUAUCUAGUCCACUACCACAGCCGUCUUUGCCUGCUGAUGUACUUGGGCUGCAUAGUUUGGUUCCUGCUCCUCGUUUAUGAGCCUUACAAUGCAGGAACGUAUUUUUCUGAGAACGCACUACUACCCGGUUUAGUCAAAGGAGAGUUCAACGACAAGCAUGUUGCCAAAGGUCUUUACGAAGAGCUCAAGACUGAAGCCGAAAGGUAUCCAAACGAUAUGCCCUACACAUGGCUUAGGUCGAAAAUGAGGCAAAUCGGACUAGACGUUUACUCACACGAGUACUCCCUAAAUUAUCCAAUGGGUCUAGGAGUUAAUUACACCGGGAAGAAUAUUUAUGGCAUCAUUAGAGCUCCUAGGGGUGCUAGUACGGAAGCACUGGUGCUUUCCGUCCCAUACAGACCUCUGGCCAGCGCCAAUCUUGGCACUCUUCCAGGAGUAGCUCUGUCUCUUUCCCUGGCCAAAUAUUUCCGAAGACAAAAAUACUGGGCCAAAGACAUAAUUUUCCUGUACACGCAGCACGAGCAACUUGGAGUUCAAGCCUGGUUGGAGGCCUAUCACCAGGUCAGCUGCGGGAAAGGAAUUUUGCAGCAUAACGACUUGAAAGGCAGGUCGGGAGCAAUUCAGGCUGCCAUUAAUUUGGAACUCUAUGGUGAAGUUAUAAGCCACUUGAAUGUAAAAAUCGAAGGGCUGAAUGGUCAGCUGCCUAAUUUGGACUUAGUCAAUUUGGUCCAUCGAAUGAGCUCCAAAGAAAAUGUCCGUCACACAUUCCACAACGAAGAAAGCUGGGAGGGCUAUAUAACUUUUAAGUCUUAUCUGAGGUCGUUGAAAACUCUGAUGUCUAUGGUGACGACUCAAGCAGCCGGAGUUCCAAAUGGCAAUCACGGCCUCUUUCUCAGAUUCGGCAUUUCUGCUGUGACAAUAGAAGGUUUUGAAAACAAAGAAAGGCAGUACGGCCCAGGUUUCUAUCAAGUUGGGAGGAUUAUGGAGGGCGUUUUCCGAAGCUUGAACAACUUACUUGAGAGAUUCCACCAGUCAUUUUUCUUCUACCUCCUUCCCUCAAACAACAGAUACAUUUCCAUAGGUUUGUACAUGCCGUGCAUUUGUCUCUUGGCUGGAUCUCUCCUUAUUAGAGCAUUUGCAAUGUGGCUCAAACUGAACGAGUCGAUCCAAGAUGAAAGUUCUGGAAUUGCGACUGACUGGCCUGCGGUCGUGCAAAAUAUCGGCGUUUCGUGGAUUGCGAUUCAUCUGCUAGGAUUCGUUCUUGUGUCCGGAACAGAAACUUUCAGCAGAUUGGGGCUGGAGUUUGGCCUAAUGACAGUGGAUUCGAUCUCAUUCGCAUAUUUUGCUUUUUCUGCGCUGUCCCUGUUGUUGCCAUUUUUACUGCGACUAUACAAAAUUAACAUGACGAGCAGUGCCCCACUGUUGCACAUUUUGACCCUGCUCGAGUUUUCGGUGGCCAUGGUUGCUGUUGGGAUGCAUAAUAUCUCUCUCGCUUUGCUGACGGGAGUCUUGUUCACACCUGUCGCGCUGUUCAUAGACGCAUACAGUACAAAUAGUGUAAAGAAAUUUGCCCUUCGUUUACUGAUGCUUGUGCUCCACCCGAUUGUACUUCUGUCCAUCGCAGUCACAGUGACAGCGGCUUCUGCAUUUGCCUGGGAAAACUUAACCAUCGCCAUGAUUUUUGACGCCAUGAAGCAGUCCAUCAUGUUCAGCACCAUGGACAGGUACAUCUACGGCAAUUGGAUCAUGACUGCAGGCUGCGUCAUACUAUUUCCAGUGUGGAUGAUUUUGUGGUGUAUAUUGAAUUGUGCUCCACCUCCCUCAAAGGAGCAAAAAGCCAAAGCCGAAUGAAUUGUAUUUAAUAUUAAUUUUUGUUAAUAAAUAUCUCUUGUGACUUAUUUUGGA